GGUUCAGAAGGGAAGCAGGACUAGAUCGGGCUGUCACAACUCUAUUCCGACCAACAUGCACACACUGGAAUCACCGCAGAUUGAAACGUCACAGAUUUCUCUAUAUCCUGACACAGUGACAUAUGAAACAGAGACAUACAACAAACACCCGGCUGCUUUCUGUUCCUACUAUGUAGCUGAGCCAGAGCAACCAACAGAUCAUUACUGGACGGGCUCUGACCAUCACAGCCUGAGCUAUGAUCAUUUCGACGGUGGGCAGUUCACGCAGCUUCAAAAUGUGCCGGUCUCCCACUUGCAGAGUUUGUACCCGCAGUUCCCACUGGAAGUCAUCAGCACCCCCGACCCCUCAUUGCCCAACCACACCCCCUGCCCACUGGAGGAGGACUACAAUCAGGUUUUCCCGAUGUUGUACCCUUCUUACCAGACGUCCAACGAUCUGUCGAGCCCAUCGAUAUCCGAGGAUGAUGAUUAUAAUCUCGGCAGCCCGGUUCUGGAGGUCUCCGACAGUGAGUUUGAUGAGAACAUCCCUCCCAGAGAAUCGUCGACACACGAUGGAGGUGCCCGGAAAAAGGUCCGACUGUACCAGUUCCUGCUGGAGCUGCUGAAGAGCGGAGACAUGAGGGACUGCGUCUGGUGGGUGGACCGAGAGAAGGGCACCUUCCAGUUCUCCUCCAAACACAAGGAGCAGCUGGCGCAUCGCUGGGGCAUGCAGAAGGGCAACCGCAAGAAAAUGACUUACCAGAAGAUGGCCCGGGCGCUGAGGAACUACGGCAAGACGGGCGAAAUUCGCAAGAUCAAGAAAAAAUUAACCUACCAGUUCGACGGCAUGUUGCUUGGCCAGAAGAAAUCGGAAUGCAAAAGCAGCUAUUUUCCGUAAAAAGAAAAAUCAAUCAAUCAAUCACAGGAAAGGGGGGUCCCCUUUUCUUCGCGGACUCUUUGAUCCCGGACUGAUUGUUAUGUUUGUUAGGACGUGAAAGCUGGUUUUAACUCUGCACUUACUUCCAUGUUUCCGCGUUGUGUUUUGUCUCGGUUUUCGAGAGCGCUGUUGAAAGCUGCUGGCGCUGUUGCUUUACAAUUUCACUGCGCCGAGACUCACCGACUUAACGCCACUUGCUUUUAAGUAGAACUGUGCAGCUGUUCUGUUUUUCCAGAAAGCUCCGAAGGUUAGAGGCUGUUGAUUCAUCACAAGACGAUGCCCCUCUUCCCCCCCACCCCCGUGGGCUAGGGCUGUUUUGGGGGGUGGGGUGGGGAAGGGGGAAGUAGUUUAAAGGAGUUUUCUAUAGGAGAGGUCCUGUUAAAGGGAGUUUGUAUUCUAGCUAAGGUGUCGCUAAUCCCUGCGUUAUCGGGGGAAACUUUUUUCCACUUCUUGGCGGAGUCCAGGACAAGGGGACUAUAAUCUUAGGACCAGAGGCAAGCCGUUCAGGAGAGAAGUUAGGAAAAGCAUCACCUUUCCUGUGAGGAAGUGUGGGUCUGUAUCCCGCGAAAGCAAUAGAUACUAGCUCAAUUAAUUUUCAAUUUGCGUGAUCGAUGGGAUUUUUUUUCCCGCUAAGGAAUAUGGAACCAAGACGGGUGAUUGGAGUUAGGAUGCAGAUUAGCCACAAUCUCGCCAAAUGACGGAACAGAGCUUCUGUUCGAACCUCCAUCUCUUCCCUGUGCGCCUCGUUGAAUCUACAUCUGGAUCACGCUCAGGGUGGAGGGUGCUCGUCAACUGAUUAAAACGAUUGGAGUCCUCUUGCUGUAGGCUAAAGACAUGAGCUAGCUGCAUCUCAUUGAUGGGGGUUCGGCCUGCAGACAAGGUCCGAGUCUGUCCUAACCCAUUGCUGCUCUGUUGAAGGUCGACAGUUCAGGGCUGGAGAGUAGAUUUGAUGGAUAAGUGGUACUCUGGGUCAUUGAACGUCUGAGACGAAAACACUCGGCCCUUUUGGAAAAAGCCAACCGGGGCUUCGCUGUGCUCUACUUUUUUUUGUUUAUUAUUUUUUCAGUGGGAUGUGGGCCUCGCUGGCUAGUCCAGCAUUUGUUGCCCAUCCUUAAUUGCCCAUGAGAAGGUCGGUGGUGAGCCACCUUCUUGAACCGCUGCAGUC